AUGCGCUUCACCGAGUCUGUCUUGCUGCUGGCAGCACUGACCAGCGGUGCUCUUGCCGGUCGUCAUGGUCACUAUCACGGCCGCCACGAGGGCCAUGCCCGUCGCCAGGCUGUGGCUGAGGUUGAGGUAGAGGUCGACAACACUGUCACCGUUACCGCCAUGUCCACGAUCAUUGCCUGCUCCUGCACCGAAAGCUCCAGUGUCCUGGCGACUCCUACGCCCGUGGUGGCUGUUGAAGUCUCGAGUAGCUUUACUCCAGUCUGGUCUUCUUCUUCGUCCGUUGCAUGGACCACCUCAAUUUCCAGCUCCAUCAUUGUGCCGACCACUACUAUCACUAUCGAGGAGUCUUCUUCCACCUUUGUGUCGAGCACUUCGACUGUUGAGUCUACCACUUCCACCAUUGAGUCGUCAACCUCUACCGUCACACCUACCACGACCACAUCCGCUGUUACUUCCCCUUCGGACUCCUCCAACGCCGCCUGGACUGCUACUCCCUCCAGUGGCGAGUACUCCACCGCCGGCUUCGGCACCGUCACCAACUCCUCCGGCUCCGGCGACACCUACACCGGCAACGUCGGCAGCCCGUACGGCUCCAACAUCCAGAAGGUCGACAGCUCCGUAGCUAGCGAGUACAAGUAUGUCGUCGAGUUUACCGGUUCCAACAGCGAGGACUGGCUCGUCGUUAUCUGGAACAAGAUCGGCCCCGACGGAGCCAUGGACGGCUGGUACGGUAACGCCUGCCACAACUUUACCAUUGCCGCCGGUGAGACUGUCUACUACGCCUUCGACGUCGACUCCCAGGGAGGUUGGACCGCGCACAAAGACUCCAUCCCCACCAAUGAAUACGGCAGCUACGCCUCUACCUGGGGCGAGUUCGAUUUCGGCUCGACUACCAACGACGGCUGGUCUGGAUUCGAUGUCUCUGCCAUCACUGCCCAGGAAGCCGAUAUGUCUGUUCAGGGUAUGAAGAUCUGUAGUAAGAUUACUUCGACCACCUGCUCAUCCAUCACUGCCGGUGCGGGCACUAUCAGCAAUGCUUACACCGCUGCCAAGGCGGAUGUCGGUGGUAUUGGUGGUAACCUGUCUUCGGGACCUGUGCGUCUUGCUGUUACUCUGGAUUACUCUGAUUAA